AUGGGCAUACGCGACAUUCUCAAGAAGAAGGACGACCUCUCCACGGGCCAACCGCCUGAGAAAGGCACUAUCGAUCAUCUGGCAGCCCCCGAGUUUACCAUCAUCCGCUCCGACACCUCAACCCAAGAGCGCAUCUACCCGCCCUCGAUGAAGUCUGUCGACAAUCUACAUCUCGCAGUUCAAGAACCCAAAGAAAAAGACAAGUCCCGGCGAUCCCUCGAUGUCUUCCGAUCUGGUCGGUCACGCUCUGCUUCAGAGUCGAGCCAGACAAAGAAAGAGAGCGGCGCCCGUCGUCUGUCUCAGCGACUGCAUCUGAGCCGGGCACCUCCCUCGUCCGAGAACGUCCCCGAGAACCUGCCCGACAUUGUCACAUCAGACGAGGCGCAGUGGGAGAAGCGCGCGACUAUGCUGGCGGGUCAGAAUAACCGCGCCAGGAGCAACAGCAGGCCAGGCACGCCCUCGGACAGCAGUAGAGGCGAAGAGCGUGCUGUUUCGUCGCAGCAAAUUGAUCAGGAUAUUCAAGAAGCCAUUCGCCUACACGAAGAGGGGAAACUGGAGUUGUCAACGCGCAUGUUUGGGCGGCUGGCUGAUCCUCAAGGCGCCAACAACCCGCUCAGCCAAGUGUUGUACGGCCUUGCUUUAAGACACGGAUGGGGUUGCGCUCCAGACCCGGAGGGUGCUGUCAAGUAUCUUUCAGCUGCAGCCUCCAAUUCUGCAUCAAUUGAGCAGAUGGCUCUCCAGGCGGGCAUGAAGAAGGGUGGAGCUGCAAAGGGAGAGCUUGUUCUCGCCAUUUUCGAGCUGGCCAACUGCUUCAGACAUGGUUGGGGUAUCGAAAAGGAUGCCUACGCCGCCAAGCAGUAUUAUGAGACUGCGGCGAAUCUAGGAGAUACUGACGCCAUGAACGAGAUUGCCUGGUGCUACGUCGAAGGCUUCGGGUGUAAGAAAGACAAGUUCGCGGCAGCUCGGUAUUAUCGACUGGCUGAGAAGGCUGGUAAUAAGACACUAGGGAACUCUUGGAUCUGGAAGGAGAAGUACGACCCUCUGGGCGAGGGCAACCGCAAGUAG